AAGCACAUCAUCGAGAUAAAUUCUUUGUGAACCAGAGGAACCGGAAAGGGCGAUCACGACACCAGAGCAUAACUUUCGUAAGGGAUUAAAGCUGUGUUUUUUGUUUGUUUAUUUGCUUCUGAGUAAAGAUGUACAUUUAGUCGCGUUAAAAUCGAAUUGGUACAUUUAUUUUCUCUGAAAAAUGACCAAAGAGAAACGACACCGAAGAAGGGAGUCUCCGACGCGGGAGACCGAAGUAAAGAUAAAACAGGAGAAACUGAGCCCCACUAGGCCACAGAGAUCACGCCGCUCGAGGUCCAGAUCCGCCGGGACAUCAAGUCCACCGAGAAGAAGAGCGAGCAGAUCACCGGGUAAGGCAAGGCAGCGCUCACCAGACAGAAGAGAAACCUCUCCUGUUGGAACGAGCAACAGAUCUCCUAGAAACAGGAGAAGUCGCAGUCCUCAUCGUGGCAGUGAUGCCAAAGUGAAGCGGGAAAAGGAAGGACCAAGAGGAAGUGGUGAUGAGCGGAGAAGAAGGAAUGAGCAAUCAGAGGAUAGACAGAGCAGGAGGGAAUCAGACAGGCCGCGGGACAGAGAACGCAACAGAGACAGGAAUCGCGAACGAACAGCUCUGGCUUCUCAGCAAGAGGAGCGUCGGCAGCAUGAUGACCGACGCAGGGAAAACCGUCAACGGCAUGAGGAAGAAGGCGAGGAACAUAAUUUUGGAACCUCUGAUGGAGGGAGUGACGACUCAAGACCGCCUCCGGCUGAGAAAGAAAAGCCCAACUUUGAACUGUCAGGCGCGCUCACAGAAGAUACCAACACAUUCCGGGGCGUGGUGAUCAAGUACAACGAGCCGCCCGAGGCUCGCAUCCCAAAGCGCAGAUGGAGAUUGUACCCCUUUAAGAAUGAUGACCCCCUUCCUGUCAUGUACAUCCACAGACAGAGUGCCUAUCUAUUGGGGCGCCAGAGAAGAAUCGCUGAUAUCCCCAUUGACCACCCGUCCUGCUCCAAGCAACAUGCGGUAUUCCAGUACAGAUUGGUAGAGUAUACUCGAGCUGACGGCACCACUGGCCGCAGGGUAAGGCCUUACAUUAUUGACCUUGGUUCUGGGAACGGCACCUACCUGAACAAUCAGCGGAUCGAGUCCCAGCGAUACUAUGAGCUCAAAGAAAAAGAUGUUCUCAAGUUUGGCUUCAGCAGCCGCGAGUAUGUGCUGCUGCACGAGUUCUCAGACACGAGCGAGGUGGAUGUGAAGCAGGAAGAGGAAGAUGACGAGGGAAUUGAUGAGUAAAUUAUUCCCACAUACUCGAAUGUCCGCAUAUAUUCAGGCAAGAUCACUAAAAUUGUUAAAAUUGCAGAGGUGUCUGCUGAAAAUGGACUUGCAAACUGGUAAAAUGCAGGAAUUAAUGUCCCAAAAGUGAGUGGAAUUGUUGUAUAUUUUCUGUAAGUAUUGAAGUCUUGCUUGAAUCUGCCACAGUUGUCUCAAAGUAGACCUCCUUUUCUCAGGUUUGUAUGAUGCAUGAUUGAUCUUUCUGAUCUCAUGUAAUGUCAGGGUACAUAACAUUACUGCGGCGUGAUCCCUGGAUCCUUAAAUAAAGAUUUCUUAUUGACAAAAUAAACAUUGAACUACAGAUUAGAUUUAUUUUUCUUUCGAAAUUUUUUGUAGAGCAAGCACAGGGAAAAUAUUUGACUUGUGCAUUUUUGCACCACUGCAAUGUGUAUUCAAAGACUUGCCAUUUCUUUUUUUUUUCAGUUCAGAUGCAUUUAUAGUAAGUGUUAAUUUUUGUACUGUAAAUAAAAGCUAAAAAUUUAGAUUGCA